CCAGCAGCGGCCGCUAUCAAGCUCACGGCGUUUGUUUACGUUUUGCAAGGUUUUUGAUAUUAUAAAUAUUUGUAAUAUUGUGUUUGUUGUUCGCCGUCCUUGCGAAGAGGAACCGUAAUCUAUUAUCGACUUCGUUGUCGGUGCGCGAUCGCCAAUAGACUAGGUGAAACGGCCAAAAGUAAAGUCAAUACAUUUAUUUGUUGGAAAGACGCUCACACACACGGACAAAGACAAGUAUAUCACACGGUAGAAACACACUACCAGCAACAAUGCUAGUGCCGACCCAACUCAUUGGUGAUAGUCCAUAAUGUGCAUUGCAGUGGACAGCGUGAACACUUAAAACGACAACAAACCCUUCGAGCGACCAAGAAGAUUAACAACAUACACAUACUCGUUAUUAGUAAGCGCCAACUAACAAUAAACUGUAAAUAAGUCUUCAUGCGUGUUUACGUUUCAGACACGUAGCCAGAAAACGUUAGGUAUAAUCUAAGAAAAAUGGCAGUUCACGGAUCCACACCCAAGCGCAAAGAAAUUUACAAAUAUGAAGCACCGUGGCCUUUGUACAGUAUGAAUUGGUCAGUACGCCCAGAUAAACGGUUUCGAUUGGCAAUUGGAAGUUUUGUAGAAGAAUAUAAUAAUAAAGUUCAAAUUGUAUCAUUAGAUGAAGAAGUUUCAGAAUUUAGCCCCAAGAGUACAUUUGAUCAUCCUUACCCUACAACAAAAAUCAUGUGGAUACCUGAUAGCAAAGGUGUGUUUCCAGAUUUAUUAGCUACUAGUGGUGAUUACUUGCGAAUUUGGAGAGCUGGUGAACCAGAAACAAGAUUAGAAUGUAUUUUAAAUAACAAUAAAAACUCAGAUUUCUGUGCGCCACUUACAUCGUUUGAUUGGAAUGAAAUCGAUCCAAAUUUAAUUGGUACAUCUAGUAUCGAUACAACUUGUACAAUUUGGGGUCUUGAAACAACACAGAUAGUCGGACGAAUUAAUUCAGUUGCUGGGCACGUAAAAACCCAACUCAUUGCUCAUGAUAAAGAAGUUUAUGAUAUAGCUUUUAGUCGUGCUGGUGGAGGUCGUGAUAUGUUUGCUUCAGUUGGAGCCGAUGGUUCCGUACGAAUGUUUGACCUGCGACAUCUCGAACAUUCAACUAUUAUCUACGAAGACCCACAACACUCCCCGUUACUCAGACUUGCUUGGAAUAAGCAAGAUCCCAAUUACCUUGCAACUGUCGCAAUGGACGCGUGUGAAGUAAUAAUACUAGAUGUCAGGGUGCCUUGCACACCAGUAGCCAGAUUGAACAACCACCGAGCCUGUGUUAACGGUAUCGCAUGGGCCCCGCAUUCAUCAUGCCAUAUUUGUACUGCAGGAGAUGAUCACCAGGCACUGAUUUGGGAUAUUCAGCAAAUGCCUAGAGCCAUUGAAGAUCCGAUUUUGGCUUACACCGCUGCCGAAGGUGAAAUAAAUCAAAUACAGUGGGGCGCUACUCAGCCGGACUGGAUAGCAAUUUGUUACAACAAAUCAUUAGAAAUAUUACGCGUUUAAUAAUUUUGAUGCAAGGAUUAUAUGCGUACUAUUGGGAUUUUUUUUAUUAAAUUUAAUUUCAUUAUUCCCCAUUUUUUCCAUACAUCACAUGAGAAAUUAACAGCAAAUGCAUGACUUCAUUAACGAUCUUAAUAAUAAUAUUAAUAGUAUAUAUAACCUGGGUUUUAUUGGAUUGUUUGUUUUUGUUAGAAAUUAUUUACGAGAGUGUGAUUUAUUUAUUUAUUUAUUUUUACCUUCUCUUGUUUCGUUUUUUCUUAAAUUCUAAUCAAUAAUAAUUAAUAUAUGACAUCCAUUGUAAAAAUUAAUUUUAGUUUGAUAACGCUUAUUGUGUGUCGGUCUUUUUUUUAGACAAUUCUUUAGCUUGAAUAUAUUCAUGAAGAAGAAUACUCAUAUUGUUAGGAAUAAUAAUGUAUCAUUUUUUAUAGACAUCUGGUUUAUCAAAUAUUAAAAACUAGAAUAAGACUUCCAUGAUUUAUAGUAUAAUUAUAUGUAAUAACUAAUAUUUUUUUUUUUUGUAAUAGAUUAUAUUAACUUAAUUAAUAUUUUUUUAUAGUGGUGUCCAUUAACACAAAUGAUAUAUAAAUAUAUUAGUGUCGUCUAUGAUAUAUGCGAAAUGUAUAUAAUUACCAAACUAUAAUAAUAUUUUGGAACUAUUAACAAUUGUGAUUUUUUUUUAUGUAUAAAUUAAUUAUUACGUUAUCGUAUAUUUUUAUAAAAAUGCGAUACUAUUUAUUAUUGUAAUUUGUAGUGUUUAUAUUAUUAAAGAGUGGAUCAAAAUGUUUAUAUUUAAUAAACAAUAAAAUGAGCCACUGUUGGCAUUGCAAUUUAUGUUUAUCAGUUAUUGAAAAGUAGUUGUGUUUGUUUUAUACUAAGUUGGCAAUGUACCUAUACAUUUUUCUGUGCUUAAAUC